AUGCGAGAUGGUGUGACGGGGAAAUUCAGACUCGUCCCUCGAAAUGAGGCUGUGGUCUCGGUGUUCGACUCGAAUUUCCUAGUUGGCGACGGGAUCUGGGAAGGCAUCCGAGCGAACAAAGGCCGCGUCCAAUUUGCCCGCGAUCAUAUUAAUCGCUUGUUCCAGAGUGCGAAAGCUAUGUAUAUGGACUUGGGAUUGACCAAAAGAGACCUCCUGGAGCUCUUGCACGUGACGCUUGAUGCGAACGGCAUGAAUGAUGAAGCUGCAGUUCACAUUCGCCUCGUGGUGAGCCGAGGUCUCAAGUCGACUCCGUAUCAAAACCCCAGCGUGAAUGUCGGUCUGCCUCUUAUCACCAUCAUUCCGGAGGUGAAGGCAGUUGCUGUCGACAUGAAAUCGCGUGGACUGAGAUUGGCCACCACCUGGGUACGUCGAGGGCCGCCCGACGUCAAGGACGAACAGUGGAAUCAUAUCUCCAAAGCGACCGACAUCCAGGCCUGCAUCAGCGCAAACGUCAUGGGCGUAGACGAGGCGCUCAUGCUUGAUCAGCGCGGGUUUGUGAAGACGUGCAAUUCCGUCAAUUUUUUCAUUGUUCGAGGGACAGAGGUCUGGGCGCCGACGAAGGAUAACCAGAUGCAGGGCAUCACUCGUCAGAAAACCAUCGAUGUCUGUAAGGCCAACGGCAUCACGGUGCGCGAAUUGGAUUUUUCAUUGACCGAAGUCUAUGGAGCCGACGAAGCAUUCUGCACCGGCACCUUUCCCAGCCAGAUCCAUGUUGUCGAGGUAGACGGCCGGCGGAUAGGGAACGGCAAGCGAGGGCCUGUUACACAGAGAAUCCAAGAACUCUACCAAGAGCUCGUUGCUCGCGAUGUGUCGAGAACCCGCGAGGAGAUAGCCGCCGAGGUCGAAGCAGAACGGGACCUGAGUUUCUUGCGUCGCCUGAAUGGCAGCGUCCUUUAG